CUCCAAUCCCCCUCUCAAAAUUUCGGGCGCGCGCAGCGAAGCACACGUUUCGAUAGACUCGUUUCAGCAUCGCAACGUCACAUCGCUAUAACGAUGGCCUCGACGCUUGACACAGCAGGAGGCGGUGGUGCAGACGUAGAGGGAGAGGGAAGAGGAGGGGCAGAAGGAGCAGCGGCCUCAAAUAACACCAGGCAGCGACAGCAAUUUCUACGGCAGGCGAGCGCGCCAACGUUUGAAAAGACCAAGCCACCAUUGCUGCACCGGUGGCUCCACACCACCGAGGCGGCGCCGGCGACGAGCGUCAGUGGUGGCGGGGCCAAUGAUGACACCGCAUCGACAGUCGCAGAUAGAAAGAGCUGGAACGUCUUUGGGCAGAGGGACGACAGGGCGCUGGAACGGGCAUGGAUCGCCUGGAAGAAGGAGCAGGACGAGCGAGGUGCAGGGAAGGAGAAGGAAGAGGAGACUCGCAGCAAUCUCACGCUGCCCAAGCCCGACCCGGAUGUCGAUUUGCCCACUUGGAGAGUCCCCGUCGCUGAGGACAGGCUUUUCGAAGUAGACCUGCGGACCCUGAGGCUCUCCCCCGUCUUCUGGAAAGGAAGCGCCAACCAAGUCCUCCGUGGAACGUGGUUCCUCGAUGCAAGUAAGGUGACGCCCCUGUCGAUGGACGUCGCCAGAGAGCUCGAGGAGCUGUACGUGAGCAUUCAGCCCUGGCUCUCCUCGUACGCCGACGAGCUUCGCUCCUCGGUUGCAAUUGGAUCCGAUGCCGAGGACAAGCUCAAGGCGCCCCUCAAGACGCUCAAGGGCUACUAUGCCAUCUUCUUGGGACCGCAUCUAGCGAGAAUCUACUCGGACAGUGUGCCUACGAGAAUCACAAAGACAAUCUUCACGGCGUGGUCAGGCUCUCACGGCGGUGGCACCCUUGUUGCCAGAGGGUUCGACAAUGCCCGACGUCUGCUCAAGACUAGCACCGGCGAGAUGCCCGCAAAGCCGCCGACCAGCUCUUCAUCGACUCCCAAGGGGGACGGGACGGUCAAAGGCAAGAAACAGGACAGUCCGAAGGACAAGAGCGGCGAACAGAGCCCCGUCCUUGUGGAAAAGAGCCAGGAUACCCUCGGUGCAACCACAAUGACGUCUGCCGAUCUGCUGCGGACAAUUGCGAGCAAGUUUGGCAACUGGACAGGAGAGUCCAGCACGGCCAGGUCGAAAAAGGAGGCGAUACCAGGCGACCCAAUUACGCAGGCGCACUCCGAUGCGCGCGGGCUUGAGAGUGCCGGUUUAGGCGAAGAAAUCGGGGAGAAGCGAGUGGAUUUAAUGGCUGAGGGCAAGACGAGGAACGUAACACCGCUAGCGGCAGCGGCGAGGACUACAACGAUGGCCGAAACGGAGGCAAAAGAGGACGAGGAAGCGUACAAACGAGAGAUGGAACGGGAUACCGAGCCCAUCGAACUCGUUCUCGUCUGGCACGGCAUCGGACAGAAGCUGGCAGACGAGUGGAAAUCGCUCGAUUUUGCUUUGGCCGUCAGCUCGCUCCGCUCCUUAGUUCACAAGCGAGCAAGCGGGGCGCCGCCAACCGAUGUCGGAGGCGGAGGUAUCCCUGCGCUCGCAGAAGGUCGUCGAGUCCAAUUUUUGCCCGUCAUGUGGCGAGCAACGCUGGAAGACUUUGAGCCACCGCCUUUGGACUCCGAACACGAUACCGAAGAGCACCUCAACAAUCGCUUCUCUCUUGAAGACAUCUUUGCCGACUCCAUCCCGCUCAUUCGUCAGCUCAUCUCCGGCAUCUUGCUCGACAUUCCCCUCUAUCUCUCGCAGCACAAGGAAGAAAUUCUAAGACGAGUCAUCCGAGAGUCAAAUCGCAUCUACCGGCUUUUCUGUCAGAGAAACCCAAACUUCCUCGAGCAAGGCGGUCGGACAAGCCUAAUUGCGCACAGCCUCGGUGCGGCACUGGCCACUGAUAUCCUGUCGAAACAGCCAACUAGUUGCCGUCCCUUCAAAGAGCUGCCUGAUCCCGGUGCCGAACUGGCAUUCGACGUGCGUAAUCUCUAUCUCGUUGGCUCGCCCGUGGCCCUCUUCAUGUGGCUCAAUCAGUCGCAGCUGAUUGCUCGCCGCGGAAGGCGGCCACUUUCGAGCAACGAAGCCCCUCCUGACGAAGCUCUCGAGAGAGCAGGGAGAUGGGGAUGCCUGGCCGUCGAUCGCAUCUUCAACGUCUUUUCGGCAACAGAUCCCAUUGGAACCAAGCUAAACUCGACUGUCGAUGCGCGGCACUCCAAGGACUUGAGCACCGUGACGCUCGCGCGUGCGACCAAGAGCAUUCUGAGGACGCUGCCCGGCGCCCUGGAUGCACCGGCCGUUCAGGCAGGUAAGGGCUUCUUUGCCAGCUGGACACGAGCCGGAGGGAGCGCGGUCAAAGAGGCAGAAGAUGCAACCGCGGGCGAAGACAGGCCAGACGGAGCUGACUUGGACCUGCUUGCGUCCAGUCCGACGGGGGAUGGGCCAAAGGCAAAGGACGCAAAGUGGCUCAAGAAGCUGUCGACGCGCAAGGCGGGCUACAAGCAGAAGCGAGAAGAAUCUACAUCUAGGUUGGGCUCCAGAGCGGGCGAGUGGGAGGGCAUCGCUACGCCCACCGCCGCUGAGGAACAACGUCGAAGAGAAGAAGAAGACGAGCUCAGGAGAGGAGAGAAGGGAAAAGCCCAGAGCACAGCUUCGUCGUUUGAUAUGUCAACUGCCGAUGCUGAAGAGCAGAAUCGAGAUCGUGCUCAACGAAGGAUGAGGGCCCUCAACGAACUUGGCUCCAUCGAUUUCAUCAUUCCGCCCCAGCCCUCGCUGCUGACGAACCAGUACAUGGAAUUCCUGUGGUCGCACGCAGGCUACUGGACCGAUGUUCAAUUUGGCGACUUUCUCCUGACGACGCUCAUGGCUGACAGCCAGCGGCUGAACGAAGCCAGGGACAGGCUCGACAAGGAGCCGUAGAUAAUUACUGCCCUCGAUUCAGGUGGUUCAGAUCGCUGGCCUUUCGCUCCCUUUUAAAAGAAUGUUGUUGUAGUGUAGCAUAAACGAUUUCGCGUCACCUCCCUGCAUCGAGCCAAAUAAGCUCUAUUUUUUCCAUCUCA